UUCGGAACUCGGUCCCAGAAAUCUCAGACUUCCGAGCUUUCAAAACAACAGAACUCGGAAGAAUUUUAUUUUAUUUGAAUGGUUAUCGAACUCGGAAUUCCAACUCGAACUCGGGCCUUUCCGAACUGAAGAUAACUGACGUCAUGAUUUUACCUCGUAUUUUUUCGAGUUCCCAGUCGUUUUGCACGCAGCACUAGAAAGAAGCACUAGUUCCGGAGUUGGAAUUCCGAGCUCGUUUUUCCUCGAGAUCCCAGUUGGUUUGAACGCGGCAGUAGUGAGCUAGCUGGAGGAAGGAACACUCACUCAGUCCACUAUGGCGGAGACGCACAGCUUACAGGAGCUGCAGCAACAAGCAGCCGUCGCCUCCAAAGUGUAUGUCCAGAGGGACUACAACUCGGGUAAAAUCUGCAAGUUCCAGACCAAGUUCCCCUCAGAGCUGGAGUCCAGGGUUGAUAAGCAGCAGUUUGAGGAGACGAUGCAGACACUUAACAACCUUUACGCCGAGGCUGAGAAAAUUGGUGGCAAGUCUUACCUGGAGGGCUGCUUGGCCUGCAUGACCGCCUAUACAAUCUUCCUCUGUAUGGAGACCCACUAUGAGAAAGUGUUGAAGAAAAUCGCUAGGUUCGUCAAGGAGCAGAAUGAGAAGAUCUACGCUCCUCUGGGACUCCUGCUGACAGACCCAAUAGAGAGAGGUCUCAGGGUUGUAUCCAUUACUGUCUUGGAGGCUCACACAAACAGGGUUGAAAUCACCAUUUUUGAGGACAGAAGUAUUGGCUCUGGAAGAUGAACCACACCAAAGGAUGGCCUAUUUGACCUGGUGCAUCUCAAUUAUUUCACCACACCCAUCAAUAAUUCCUUCUGGAUGUAGAUGGAUGUCUUUCUGGAUGUAGAUAAUUGUUUUUAUUUAUUUCACAAAAGGGAUGGGCUAUGUGUGCUAGUAACCUAUAACCCGCUGAAACAAACACUCCCUGUUUUUACAUGUUUAUUGAGAUUAUUAAUUUGAACAUGUGAAAAUGUCUUAUUCUAGUUAACCAAUACCACACCUUUAUUAUGAAUGGUGCCGUUUUCUUUUGUAUUGCCAUUUUAAACUCUUACUCAUUAAAGGUGCAUUGUGUAAUAUCUCCAAAUACAAAUUGCCUUUAAAGGUGUAGUUCACCCACAGUUUUUAAACCUGUGUUUAAUAUACCCUCUUUGGUUCACCAAAAUUACAACAUUAGCAAGAUGGUUCCUUAACUUGACAGUUGUCUACGGGCCAGGAGAAACUGUAAUCCACGACGAUACAUAUUUUUCUACUAAGCUGCUGACACCAACUGGGUGAUUCUCAUGAAACUGGCACUUGACAACAAGAAAUAAACACAUUUUCCACCACAAUUCCUCUAAGAAUAGGAUCUUUAGUUAUCUAUUUCAGAAUUAUUGUUAUGUUUAUUUAUCAGAUAUUAUGCAUUUCCACAACUACCAAUGCAAACACUUUCAUUACCGUAAUAGUUUUCAAAGUCCCCAAAAAGUAAGACAAACCAAUUUCUAUAUAUUUUUUUAACAUUGCUCACCUAAUGAAAAGGCCUGAGUUAAACACUGAAAACAAAUAUAUUUCAAAUUAAAUUAUUCAUGUGUUUUGUAAUUUUUCAUAACUGCAACAUACAACCUUUUCUGAAUCUUGUUUUUUUGGUGAUAAUUACUUGUUUUUAUGUAUCCAAAGAUAAAGAACAAAAGGCACACUAUCAAAUUAAGCCAACAUUACAAGUAUACAUUUGACUUUUUGUAAUAUUUCCUAAAUAUUGGUUUAUUACGGUAAUGAUAAGUUGGAUCCGGCGAUGAGAAUACAUGGUUUGGUAAUGAGUGUUGCAUAGUUUGCAGUUUAAAAACUGUACUGAGCUCUGUUAGAUUCAUCAUCAAAAUGUGUCAUUUGUCAAUCCCAAAUUAUUUGGGUAAUAUGAAAAUCACUGGUCUUAAUACAAUUGACUAAAAUACCUUAAUUUAGCAUAAGUACUGUAAUUACGUGCAUAUAUUUUCGAAAGUGGACUUAAGCAUAAAAAGGUGACACUUUCUGCAGGUAAUAUUGGUGUAUUAGGAUGUGGAUAUGUGUGGUUCUAAGGUAUUUUAGAUGGGUUUGUAAAUUGAAUGGCAUUUUAUGGGCAAAUGGCAUAGCAUGAUGUGCCAAAAAAGUAUCUGUGGGAUAUUUACAAAAAAGAGAGGUAAAACAAGUACACAUGUCAAAAAGUGACAGGGCUGCUCUUUGUUGAAACAAACUCCAGAUUGUGGCUUUAGGUAAAUUAAAUGGAGUUUACACCCAUAAUUAUUUGAUCCUACUUAAUCGAAUAACUGAUGUUUUACCAAAAAUCUAUACAAUAGGUGUAAGCUGUAGUCCUAGUAAAUAAUUUGUUACCACCACAACACACCCAUCAACUAUACAUUUAAAUGAGGUUAUUAUCGUUACCGAAAUUAAGGUUCUCAUUAACGAAAGACAUAAGUGAUGCGGUAAUGAGAGGCACUUAGCUCAGUCUGCUGUCUCCUAUUGCUUGCAAAUGGACCACAUCACUAAAGCCCAUUCAUGCCUCCAUGCUGGUAAGGUGAUGGUUCUCCAAGUUUUUUGUUUUUCCCAAUUUUAGCAUUUCUCUCAUUUUGGUAAUGAGGUCGUCAAGUGUCGUAAAGGGGAGAAUAAGAUCCUCAUUCUGAAGACAUAAAUAAAGAUUAAAUUAACUUUAAGGACUACUUCUCUAGAUGAAGCAUCAUGGGUGAAUAAAACUUUAUAAAAAAUGAAUAUAGGAGUUUUUACAGCCAUUUGAAAAAGUGUUACGGUAAUGAGAAACAUGUCCACAGACACUCUUUUUAUGUAAUAAAUAUAGUUUAAUGUAAACUUCCAACUAGUACAGAAUUUUUAUGAUUUAUCCUCAAACUGCAGAAACAUAGUGUUUAUUCAAAUAAGUUAGGUUUUUCUAGUAAUAGUAGUACCAUUUUAUAAAAUUACCCAAUUUUAAUCCGGAUGCAUUUUGGUAAUGAUAAUUUGGGGUGAAAAUGUAAGGCACUAUGCCAUAAACUAAGCAUCUUAGUCUUAAGAAUGAUUGUUGCAGAUGCAUCAUGGUUUUAUAACUCAAUUUGUUACUGCUAUGGUUAAAAGUUGUUUCGUGAGAAUCACCCAACUGCUAACUUGAGCAUUAAUGACCAAAAACAAUGAGAGGGGAAUGGGGCAUUGCUAGCGCGUUCCAACUUGUGGAUUUUUGUUCUUGGAGGCUGCAAACUUAAGACAGUAACAACAUUUCAAUGCUGAUAAGUUUCUGGUUUAUGAUUUGUUAUUUCAGGUAUUACUAAAUUGUACUCCUCACAAAUCAACAAAGUUCAUGCUAAAAUGUGACAUACUGUACCUUUUAUUCAGCCUCCUGUCAUUUUGUAUGCAAAUGUUCAUGAAGAGAACUAAGAGUUGGUGUGGGUGCACUUUUGGCCACCUUAGCGGGCUAUUCAAUAUGAACUUGUUUCGUAUGCAACAUGUUGUGUGGGUCUGCAUAGUAUUAUGAAGAUGUCUGUUCUGUAGUGACGGUUAACCACAGUGUUUUAAGCACACAGGUUACCUGUUAUUGCCAAUAUGAAUCAGGUUUUCACAUUGGCUAGUUUAAUUUAUGAAUUUGUAAGAAAAGGUAAAAAAUCACUUACCUAGAUCUGACCUCAAUAUUGUCACUGCUUAGCUUGACUUAAUGUGAAUUGACAGGAAUUGGGACUCCAACCCUGACUGUGGUUUAGCAUAAUUAUGAAGAGUUUUUAGACUACCCCAUAUCCUUGAUGUUGUCCAAUUAUGUGUAAAUAAUUAUUGACCACAACACAAAAUCACCACAGAAACCUUAAGCAUGCUUUGACUCUCAAUGGUGUAUACGACUGCCUGUUAAUUCCUAAUUAUUGUAUUGUUUGUUCUUGUUCUUAUUAUAUGUACUGUAUCGAUUAAUAAACUAUUUUCUUGAAAAAUCUAAAAAGCCAUACUCAAUUAAAUAUAGCAUGCAUCAAAUUGCAUACAGUUUUGUUUUUACUAGAUCACCUGUGAUGGUAGCUAGCUAGACAAAAAUGGCAAAUGAGUCCUUACCAUUUUUAAUAGCAGUUAACAAUAUUCUGCAGUCAAUGGCGUAAUCGUUCAUUAGCAAUAUAAUAAAAUGCCGUUUAUGGCUGCAUUCUGCGCCUGCUCAUAAGGGGACGCAUUUACACAGAUGGAACCAGCAAUAAUUAUUUGGAAGGGGCUGGCUACUUUUUCUGUUCUUUAAGCGUUGGCUGCCUAUGCUUGGUAAUGUUGUUUGUGUCUGUUGUGUUCAUAGGUUGUAAUGCUUUUCAAUUCUUUCAACCCCAAAAAAUAGCUUGGUAACUUAGUAGUGAUGGGAAAACAAAACUUCCUGAAGAAUUGAGCAUGUCUAGUCAAUUGUGUCAAACAGAGCCCCACAGUGGAGGUGUCAUAAUACCCAUAAAACUGCUAAAUGUUUCCAAUAAUUUUUCCCAUAGGGAAUUUUAGAAAUAUGUAAAAUAAGGGAUGUGUUUGGUGUAGGCAUACCCUGGCUUGAUGGUUUGAUAACCGUGUACAUUUCUCUCAGACAAGGUGACUUGAAACUACAUGUAUGAUAUUUUGUUGUAAUGUUUACCCCAUUUCCCUCCCCCCGAAUUUUGUGAUUACGAUAUUGCCUCAUCACUGCAACUCCCGGAUGGGCUCGGGGGAGGCGAAGGUCGAGUCAUGCGUCCUCCGAAACACCAAUGUGUCGGAGGAAACACCGUUCAACUGACGACCGAAGUCGGCCGGCAGGCGCCCGGCCUGCCAUGAGUCACUAGAGCAUAAUGAGCCAAGUAAAUCCCCCCCAAAUUUGAUGUCAUUGUAUGUGAAAUUGUCAAUAUUAAUAUUCUUUGAAAUUAAUAAAUCAUGUAACUCCUCCCAGAAAGUGGUAAUAUGAUCACAGGAAAAUAAAACAUGUUCAGUAGUUUCAAUGUCAUUCCCACAAAAUGUUGUCAUUACGCUCUACAUUGAAUUUCAAUCUUAAAAAUGUAUUUGACGGAUAAAUAAAAUUUAGAAUUUUUAAAUGGUUCUCUUUGGCCUUGGGUAAUAUAGAGAAAGACAAAUAUUUGUAUUAUUUUUUUGUUCUUAUUGUCUUGGUUACAGAUACAUUAAAAACAAUUGACAGUU